AUGGCUACCGAAAUAUUGGAUACCCAGCUCCAUACUCGUUUCAAAGUAUUUCUUUAUGCAUUUCGCCUGGAAUCAGUGAUGCUAACAAGACUGGCUAUACCAGAUGCCGCGGAUGCUGAAAGCCCGUUGAAACCUUCAGAACUCCAAGUUCUAAGAGCGCAAUAUGAGAAAGAGGGCGAACAUGUUGGCGUGCAGACACAGUUCAACUACGCAUGGGGAUUGAUCAAAUCAAAUUCUCGACAUGAACAACAAGAGGGAGUUCGCCUCCUCUCAGACAUAUUUCGCACAUCCCCAGAACGAAGAAGGGAAUGUCUCUACUACCUCGCCCUUGGCAACUACAAACUAGGAAACUACUCUGAAGCACGACGAUACAAUGAUUUAUUAAUGGAGAAGGAACCGGAGAAUUUACAGGCAAGCAGUCUGAAGGGCUUGAUCGAUGAUAAAGUUGCGAAAGAAGGCUUAAUAGGUGUUGCGAUCCUCAGUGGUGUUGCUAUUGCUGCUGGAGUUGUGGGCUCGAUGUUAUUCAGAGGUGUUAACGAGCUUCCCCGCUCUCAUUGUAAGAUAGUGAGAGAUCGAAGCAAGCACGCCAAAUCAACCACUCUGGCUUUACGAGCGCUGCGCACGACAGGCCUGGCAUUAUCUCUCGGUUUGACUGCCCUUGGGGCAUACCAAACGUUCAGAGAAGCCAUGGCUGACCCACGAAAUGCAACUGGUGGCGGUAGACAUUUAGAUGCUACGGGAGAUAGGGAAGUGGUUUACUGCCAUCAAUGCGAGAAUGAAUGGUAUCAGGAUGAACAUGGCUUGGUAUGUCCAGCAUGUGAGGGAGAGAUUAUUGAAAUAGUCGAUCCAAAUAGCGACCCUCGUAGUGGCAUGGGUAAUUCUCCAGAAAAUACACCAUUGCGCGAUCUUGAUAAUCACAAUCCUUGGGCCGAUGAUUCAGAUCCGGAAGAAGCGGAUAUUGAAGAACACAUUACGCAUGGUCCAAAUGGCUCUAUUUUAAUUUCGCAAACAAUAAGGACGUCCGGACCAGGCCCAUUUGAAGCCAAUAGAAUCAUCAAUCGCCGAAGGCGGGCCCCAGGUGGUGAUGGAGGAGAUGAUGAUACAAUGCUAGAUUUUCAAAGCAUGCUAGGAAAUCUAUUGGGUCCGAAUUUGAGAGAAGCUCGCACCGGUCGAUCGGGUCAUGAUGACUUAUUCCCACGCGCCGGAGAAUUUCAUACGGGUGGUGGUGGAGUUGGUACCGGAAUAGGUGGUCGUCAAGCACCUCGUAUUGUUGGUGGUCGAUACACAUUUGAAGGAACGCUUGAAAAUGGUCGAUUAAGGCCAAGAGAUACAAAUGGUCCCCAGGGUCAAGGAGCACCUGUUGAGGAUUUGUCUACGUAUGCACCCCUUAAUUCUCAUUUUGUCAAUAUCCAUGAGCCGGCGCGCGAACGCAGAGCUCGUACACUUCCUGCUCCCAAUCUUGUUGGCAUGUUUCAGGCCAUACAAACGCUGGAUCCCAGCGCCGGGCCUGCUGGAGCAGCAGCAGGUGAAGAUGGCGAGGCUCGUCGUCCUGGUAUGCCUCCUCCUGGUGCUAUGGGCUUGCCAGCUCUUCUUCAAUCGCUUUUCAAUCAUCCAAAUGCAGUACAUGGUGACGCUGUGUACUCGCAAGAGGCAUUUGAUCAGAUCAUGUCACAAUUGAUGGAACAGCAUCAACAAUCCAACGCGCCCGGUCCUGCCCCUGCUGACGCCAUCUCAUCCCUUCCAAGAAGGCCCUCGACGAAAAGAUGCUUGGCCCCGAAGGCAAAGGCGAAUGCAGCCACUGAAGUUGUUGUGCUUCCUUGCUCCCACUGGUUCCAUGAGUCCUGCGCCAAUGCCUGGCUCAGCGCACAUAAUACCUGUCCUAUUUGCCGCAAAGGUAUCGGAGCUGAUGAAGCAUCCGCCUCGUCUGCUAGCAAUGCCAGAGGAUCGAGCAAUUCACCGACUUCGCAAUCCCCCACCUCUCCAACUAGCCGCCGUGCUCGUCUUUCUCGUUUCAAUUCGGAACAAAAUGACCGGAUGGCCCGAAAUGAAGCUCGAUUGGAAUCUAUCCGGAACGGUCGCUUCAUGCCCCCUUCCGGCCCUUCCCCUUUACAAAGAAGAGAGACAGAAAGACAAGCUGAGAGGAUGACGGAAGAUGCAAUGGCGGGUAAUUUCUUCAUUAGUCCUACCGCUCAAAGCGAACAUAUGCCGGGUUAUUUUCCAAGUGAUAGUGCAUCGACACUUCCAGCUUUUGGUAGAAGAGAUUCUGGUAUGAGUGCGGGUACAAAUGAGCAGAGGAGAGGAUUUGGAAGCUCAACGCCGAGCUUUUCAAGGGAUAGACCGAGGAGUCAAAGAAGUGGGAGUGAUGGUUCGACAAGAGGUGAGGGAGCUGGAAACGGAGGAUUGAGUGGAUGGUUUAGAGAUCGUUGGGGCACUGGUAGGAGGCAGGAAUAG